AUGGGGAUUUUGUAUGGAAUGGUGGCAAGGGGGCAGGUGGUUCUGGCUGAGUUCAGCGCCACCCAGAGCAAUGCUAGUGUCGUAGCCAAACAGAUACUUAACAAGAUCAAUCAAGGGGAUAAUAACAAUAAUGAUAGCAAUGUUUCUUUUUCCCAUGAUCGCUAUGUUUUUCAUGUCAAGAGGACAGAUGGCCUCACUGUUCUUUGCAUGGCUGAUGAUGCAUUUGGAAGAAUGGUCCCUUUUGCAUUUCUUGAAGAUAUUCAUAAAAAAUUUGUGAAGACAUAUGGCCGUGCGAUUCUUUCAUCUCCUGCCUAUGCCAUGAAUGAUGAAUUCUCAAGGAUCUUGAGCCAGCAGAUGGAUUAUUACUCCAAUGACCCAAAUGCUGAUAGAUUGAACCGUCUCAAAGGUGAAAUGACUCAGGUGAGAACUGUGAUGGUGGACAACAUUGAAAAAGUAUUGGAGAGAGGUGGCAGGUUGGAACUGUUGGUAGAGAAAACUUCAGCAAUGAAUAACAAUUCUAUUCGUUUCAAAAGACAGUCUCGUCGUUAUAAAAACAACUUGUGGUGGAGUAACGUUAGGCUAACGGUUGCACUUAUUAUAGUAUUCGUCAUUGUGUCUUACAUUAUACUCGCCGUCCUCUGCCGUGGUCCCUUGUUGACUUCGUGCUUGAGAUAA